AAAGUACAUUUAAAUUACUAUAUUUUAUGUGAAUUUAGGAUUUAAAACACACGUAAACUGUUGGAAUUUGCAAAUGUCUAUUGUAUUGAAGUUCAUAACUGUUUCCCUAAGUAUUAUAUUAAAUCUUGUAUUUAUGAAGAUGGAAUAUAUUCAUGAACUGUAAUUAAACAGUGCUUUAUUAAACAAAUCUCGCUGAAAACAUCGUAAAUUAAACAGAUUGGAAGGUCUGUAUUUCAUGGUAAUCCUACCCUUUAUUUAGGGUAUUUAUGUGAUUGGCCAGUGCUUUGUGCGGCGAGACGGAUUGUAUAAACGUUUGUGGCAAUACACAUAUCCUUAUACUGCAGAUGUAAUAAUUACGACAUUGUCUGAUUGACAGGAAGUAUGAGACGACUGAUUUUUGGUAAUAAUUAUGAUCAAUAAUUAAUGACUUUCUAUUUAAGUGCUUGCUUUUGAAUGUCCUUAAUUAAAUACAUGAAUACAAGGAUUACAAAUUGUCAAUAUAUUGUUAUGGCCAAGUGAUAAAUAUUACGAGGAAAUUAUCGAUUUUGAUCUUUUUUGUUUAAUAACCUCGGGCCGUUUGUACAAUAGGUAACUUUGUUGAACUUUUAUACUAUGAAUUCAUUGGAUAUUUUUGGAUUUUGAUAUUACAAGAUAACCAUGUGUUUCGAGUUCCUGAAAAUAUCAUCCACACAGAGUGCUAGGAACUCGUCCUUAAAUCCAAAGCGGACGAAAAUGCAAGCCGUUAAAGGAUUCUUUACUUCGAUAAAAGCCGGAUUUGUCAGCAAAGGAAAGAGCAUGGGCAUAAUUCUAGGAAUAUUUAAUCCAGAAUUAUCAGAGUUCCAGAAGAAGAAAUUGAUGCACGAAUUCCACGUCUUCUUUGAUUUGAAUAAAGAUGGAAUAUUAGAAUGGAAAGAUUUUGACUUGGCAAGAACGAAAAUCUGUGAUUUGAGUGGUUGGAAAGUCGGGACUGAUAAAUUUCAACAAACAAACGAGCUUUUCAUUACAAUAUGGCGGAGGUUACAAGAUGAAGGAGAUGAAAAUAACGAUGGCAAAAUAAGUAUAGAAGAAUGGUUAAAAAUGUGGCAAAAUUUUAAUGAACAGUGUAUCAAACAAUCAAAGAAAGAGAACGAGGAACCACCAGAACGUAAACUACCAGAAUGGUUGGAACAAUAUAUAGAAUAUAAAUUUAAUCUGUAUGAUAGAACAGGUGAUGGUCGAGUCGAUGCCGAGGAAUUUGAAUAUGUCCUAUCAGAUUUCGGUGUCCCCCCAAAAGAUGCAAGGUGUGCAUUUCUGAUGUUCUCAUGUAAUAACACAAAGAAAGUGGAUUUAGAUUAUUUUAAAGAAUUGUGUAUAGACUAUUAUAGGUCAGAUGAUAUCAGUGCACUAGGCAACUUCAUCACAGGAAAAUUGGAUUUUAAUGACUGAGAGAAAUAGACAGAAUGACUGCAUUGUGCAAUUGUUACUUCACAUACAUUAUACACCAUUCUUCUAAUGAAUCUGAAUACCUCAUGUUGUAAAUUUAAACGGGCGGUGACUGUAUGGAAAAUGUUUUAUCAUUAAAUUGUAAAUAUUUUAAA